AUGGCGUACCGUCACCAAGCCACAGACCAGUUCCACCGAUUCCUGCACAACCCACAUGUGGUGCAACCGGACGGGGUCGAUGGACUGCCACGGGUUAAAGGUGAUCAGCAGCAGUGGCUCAACACGGAGCAGUGGCACGGGUACAGCGAUACGUAUUUGCAGCGGCACAUGCAGUACCCGGCCACCGUCGAGCUGAACAACCCCGCCGUCAAUGCACGACACGACCUCCUCUACGAGUGUCUAGGACUUGUGUACGAGCUGUACGGUGGCCUCGCCGAGGAUCUGCAGGAGCUGCACGAUGACCCCCUGCACCCGCACUUUCACCGUCGCAUCGCCCGCAUCAAGCGCGACCGCGAGCGCAUCGCCACCGAGCUCGACAAGCGCUACGCCAAGCUGCAUCCAACGGUGAAGACGGUGUACGACGCGUUCCUCGUCCGUCGCUACUACCACCUCGCUGACUGGAUCGAGCAUGUCGAGCGGAAGCGAGAACGUCUCAUCAAUGACCUCAGCCCCGAUGUCAUGGAAAAGACGAUGAGAAUGCGUGGGAUCGCAGAGCAGUACCUGCGACAUCUGCGUGCCCUCGAGCACGCGCUUUACGAAGAUCCCCUCAUGGGCCUCCUCGGGGGUGAUCGGGGCACGAACGUCCUCGAUCAGUAUACGCCUGGCGAGCUGGCAAUGCUGCGGCAGAAGGCGGCCUACUUCCGCAACAUGCGCCGGUUCGGUGCGAAUCAACUGGACGCCGACAUGCACACGCACUGA